GCCAUUGACCUUUGGUCCUCGAUCGAUUGACUUUUGGCUCUCAAUGUUUGACCUUUAGCACCCGCCUAUCGACCUCCAGCCAUUGAGGUUUGACCAUUUGAGGUAUUCCAGUGAAGAGACUUCGUAUUAAUUUUGUGCAUAUUGAGCGUGUUUCGGUUUCAACACCUCAACUUCAACUCUGUCUCGUUCUUUAUGAAAUUUCUCCCCCUUGUUUUACAAUGAACGAGCCCUUUGCAGUCGUGCCUGCCGUUUUCAGGUGGACGAAAAGCUGGCGGACAGCAUCACGAUCUUCGAGUACAUCGACGACAAGGACGUUUUCCAGAAGUUCUACUCGCGCAUGCUGGCGAAACGCCUUAUCCACCAGCAGACGCAGAGCAUGGAUGCCGAAGAGGCGAUGAUCAACAGACUGAAACAGGCGGGCGGCUGUGUGUUUGCGAGCAAACUACACAAGAUGUUCACGGACGUAUCGGUCAGCUCGGACCUGAACGACAAGUUCGGCGUCUUCCUCAAGCAGGACAACGUCGAUCUCGGCAUCAACUUCAGCGUAUACGUCCUGCAGGCCAGUGCUUGGCCGCUGGAUCAGGUGAUGGUCACGCCGUUCGCCCUACCCCAGCAGCUGGUGAAGAGCGUCCAGAUGUUCGAGAAGUUCUACCACAACCGGUUCAAUGGGCGCAAGCUGAUGUGGCUCCACCACUUCAGUCAGGCGGAGCUGAAGUUUUGUUACCUGGAGAAACCGUACGUCGUGACGGUGCAGGCCUUUCAGAUGGCCAUCCUGCUGCUGUUCGAGAACAGCGACUCGCUGACCAGCAAGGAGAUCAGGGAGACGCUCCAGCUCAACUCGCAGCAGUUCCAGGAACACGCCAUCAAUCUCAUCGACUCCAAGCUGCUCCUGGCCGACAGUGAGGAAUUGACGCCGGAGACGACGCUGAGGCUUAACACGGACUACUCGAACAAGCGCAUCAGGUUCAGGAUCACGGCGACCGUGCCCCUCGAGACGGAGCAGAUGAUGAACUCGGUGAAGGAGGACAGGAAGAUAUACUUGCAGGCUGCCAUAGUGAGGAUAAUGAAGUCGCGGAAGGUGCUCAAGCACGACCUGUUGAUACAGGAGGUGGGUAAAAUGUCAGAUUUCGACUAUCUUUCGAAUCCAAGUUCCAACGCCCGAGACCACGCUCCAGCGCAAGAUUUCAACGCAGCGAAGCCAUAA